AUGGAGACCUCGGCCUCGCCCGCCACGUCAGGCGGGGAGCAGGCGGCCGAGGGCCAGGUGUGCCCCCAGGUGUGCCCGCCCCCAGGUGUGCCCCCCCAGGUGUGUCUGCCCCAGGUGUGCCCGCCCCAGGUGUGCCCGCCCCAGGUGUGCCCGCCCCAGGUGUGCCCGCCCCAGGUGUGCCCCCAGGUGUGCCCGCCCAUUGUGCCCGCCCCCAGGUGUGCCGCCUUCGUGGGUUGUGACGGCGACGUUGUAAAUAGUAUGUACGAGCCGGACCCGGACCUGCUGGCGGGCGAGAGUGCGGAGGAUGAGACGGAGGACAGCAUCAUGUCCCCCAUCCCCAUGGGCCCGGCGUCCCCCUUCCCCACCAGCGAGGACUUCACCCCCAAGGAGGGCUCGCCCUACGAGGCCCCCGUCUACAUCCCCGACGACAUCCCCAUCCCCCCCGACUUCGAGCUGCGGGAGUCCUCCAUCCCGGGCGCCGGCCUGGGCAUCUGGGCCAAGAAGCGGCUGGAGGUCGGGGAGCGCGUGGGCCCCUGCCUGGCGGCGCCCCGGGCCUCGCUGCGGGAGGCCGACUUCGGAUGGGAGCAAAUGCUGACCGAGGCGGAGGUGUCGCCGCAGGAGGGCUGCGUCCGGAAGGUCUCCGAAGACCUGGGCGGCGAGAAGUUCUGCGUGGACGCCGGGCAGGCGGGGGCGGGCAGCUGGCUCAAGUACAUCCGCGUGGCCUGCUCCUGCGACGACCAGAACCUCACCAUGUGCCAGAUCAACGAGCAGAUCUUCUACAAAGUCAUCAAGGACAUCGCGCCGGGCGAGGAGCUGCUGCUGCACGUGAAGGAGGGCGCCUACUCGCUGGGGACCGCGCCGCCCGGCCUGGAGGAGGAGCCCACGUUCCGCUGUGACGUGUGUGACGAGCUCUUCCAGUCGAAGCUGGACCUGCGGCGACACAAGAAGUACGCGUGCGGCUCGGUGGGCGCCGCCCUCUACGCGGGCCUGGGCGACGAGCUCAAGGCCAAGGGCCUGGGCGGCGGGGGCGGCGACGGGCAGGCCCACGAAUGCAAGGACUGCGAGCGGAUGUUCCCCAACAAAUACAGCCUGGAGCAGCACAUGGUCGUCCACACGGAGGAGCGAGAGUACAAGUGCGACCAGUGUCCCAAGGCCUUCAACUGGAAGUCCAACCUCAUCCGCCACCAGAUGUCCCAUGACAGCGGCAAGCGCUUCGAGUGUGAAAACUGCGUGAAGGUGUUCACGGACCCCAGCAACCUGCAGCGGCACAUCCGCUCGCAGCACGUGGGCGCGCGGGCGCACGCCUGCCCCGACUGCGGGAAGACCUUCGCCACGUCCUCCGGCCUCAAGCAGCACAAGCACAUCCACAGCACCGUCAAACCUUUCAUAUGUGAGGUCUGCCACAAGUCCUACACGCAGUUCUCCAACCUGUGCCGCCACAAGCGCAUGCACGCCGACUGCCGCACGCAGAUCAAGUGCAAGGACUGCGGGCAGAUGUUCAGCACUACCUCCUCCCUCAACAAGCACCGGCGCUUCUGCGAGGGCAAGAGCCACUACCCGCCCGGCGGCCUCUUCUCGCCGGGCCUGCCCCUCGCCCCCGGGCCCCUGCUGGACAAGGCCAAGCCGCCCCCCAGCCUCAACCACGCCGGCCUGGGCUUCGGCGAGUACUUCCCCUCCCGGCCGCACCCGGGGAGCCUGCCCUUCUCGGCGGCGCCCCCGGCCUUCCCCGCGCUGACUCCCGGCUUCCCCGGCAUCUUCCCGCCGUCCCUGUACCCCCGGCCGCCGCUGCUACCUCCCACGCCGUUGCUCAAGAGCCCGCUGAACCACACCCAGGACGCCAAGCUGCCCAGCCCCCUGGGGACCCCGGCGCUGCCCCUGGUCUCCGCCGUGGGCAGCGGUGGCCAGGGGGCCCCGGGCGCCACGGGGCCCGAGGAGAAGUUCGAGGGCCGCCCGGAGGACGCGUACCCCGAGAAGCUCAAGGCGCGGAGCAGCGACCUGUCGGACGGCAGCGACUUCGAGGACAUCAACACCACGACCGGGACGGACCUGGACACGACCACGGGCUCCGGCUCCGACCUGGACAGCGACGCGGAGAGCGACCGCGACAAGGCCCGGGACAAGGGCAAGGCGGCCGAGGGCCGGCCCGGCUUCGGGGGCGGCGCGGGGCCGCCGGGGGCCCCCGACGGCGUGAGCGCGGUGCCCGUCUUCUACGCCCAGCACCCCUUCCUCCCGCCGCCCGACGAGCAGCUGCUGGCGGCGGGCGCCACGGGCGACUCCAUCAAGGCCAUCGCGUCCAUCGCGGAGAAGUACUUCGGGCCCGGCUUCGUGGGCGCGCCGGAGAAGCGGCUGGGCGCGCUGCCCUACCACUCCGUGUUCCCCUUCCAGCUCCUGCCCGACUUCCCCCCCGCCCUCUACCCCCUCGCCGACCGCACCCUCGCCCACAGCCUGCUGGUCAAGGCCGAGCCAAAGUCGCCCCGGGACGCCCUCAAGGGGGGCGGCCCCGGCACCGAGUCCCCCUUCGACCUCACCACCAAACCCAAAGAGGCCCCCGGCCCGCCCGCGCCCAAGGCGGGCCCCGCGGCCGGCGAGGAGCAGCCGCUGGACCUGAGCAUCGGCAGCCGCGCCCGGGCCAGCCUGAACGGCGGCGGCCGCGAGCCCCGCAAGAACCACGUCUACGGGGAGCGCAAGCUGGCGGCGGGCGACGGGCUGCCCACGGCCUGCCAGGCGCAGCUGCCCCAGCCGCCCUCCCUGCACUACGCCAAGCCGUCGCCCUUCUUCAUGGACCCCAUCUACAGCAGGGUGGAGAAGCGGAAGGUGCCGGACCCCGUGGGCGUCCUGAAGGAGAAGUUCCUGCGGCCGCCCCCUCUGCUCUUCCACCCCCAGAUGUCAGCCAUCGAGACCAUGACGGAGAAGCUGGAGAGCUUCGCGGCCAUGAAGGCGGACGCCAGCGCCCUGCAGCCCCUGCCCCACCACCCCUUCAACUUCCGCUCCCCGCCGCCCACGCUCUCCGACCCCAUCCUCAGGAAGGGCAAGGAGCGCUACACCUGCAGGUACUGCGGGAAGAUCUUCCCUCGAUCUGCAAACCUCACGCGACACCUGAGGACGCACACCGGGGAGCAGCCGUACAGGUGUAAGUACUGCGACCGGUCCUUCAGCAUCUCCUCCAACCUGCAGCGGCACGUCCGCAACAUCCACAACAAGGAGAAGCCCUUCAAGUGCCACCUGUGCAGCCGCUGCUUCGGGCAGCAGACCAACCUGGACCGGCACCUGAAGAAGCACGAGCACGAGCACGCGCCAGUGAGCCAGCACUCCGGGAUCCUCACGAACCACCUGGGGACCAGCGCCUCCUCCCCCACCUCUGAGUCGGACACCCACGCACUUUUAGACGAGAAGGAAGACUCCUACUUCUCUGAAAUCAGAAACUUCAUCGCCAACAGCGAGAUGAACCAAGCGUCAGCGCGAACAGACAAGCGGCCAGAGGCCCAGGAGCUGGACGGCACGGCGCCGUGCCCAGGCCUGGCCAGCGGGAAGCCGGAGGACGGCGAGGAGGAGGAGGAGGAGGAGCUGGAGGAGGAGGACGAUGAGAGCCUUGCGGGGAAGUCCCAGGACGACAACGUGUCCCCCCCGCCCGAGCCCCAGGGCACCUACGAGGACGAGGAGGACGAGGAGCCACCCGCCGCCCUGGCCGUGGGCUUCGACCACACCCGAAGGUGCGCCGAGCAGCCGCCGGCGGGCAGUCUCCUAGCUUUGGAGCCGGUGCCGACUUUUGGGAAGGGGCUGGACCUGCGCAGAGCAGCCGAGGAGGCGCUGGAAGUUAAGGAUGUGCUUAAUUCCACCCUAGACUCUGAGGCUUUAAAACAGACCCUGUACAGGCAGGCUAAGAGCCAGGCGUACGCAAUGAUGCUGUCGCUCUCCGAGGACCCUCCUCUCCGCGCGGCCGCCCAGAGCCCCCUGGAUGCUUGGCUGAACAUCGCGGGACCCACGCCCGAGGCUGGAGCCUUUAACCCCAUCAACCACCUCUGACCGGCCCCGGGGGGCUGGGGCUCACGAGGUGAUCUCGGGCCCCACAUCGCGACGGAAAUCCCAGCGAGGGCCUCAGGGGCCGGCGCGGCCCGCGGCCAGGGAGACCCUCUCGCCUG